AUGCUUGAAUUUCUCAAAAACGCCGGCAUUCUGCUAUUGGGCGAGUCUCAUCAUAGUAACCUGCCAAUGGGCGUCGCAGAUAACUCGGAGAUCGUUGACUGUUCCAUUGGUGUAACCAGCCGCCUUUGCAAAAAUUGCUUUCUCGAGAGUAUCCACACCAAGCACAGCUAUCACACAGAGAAAUGUUGCUGGGGCCUCUGCACCUGUGGUCACGACGACUGCUGGAGCAGCGGUGCCUGCUGCCGUACUCACGGUGAUGGCGAGUUGCAGGAAAAAGAAAACCGGCCAAAGAGUGGCGGCUGCGGCGUUGAUGCUCAAGUUUUGCUCACAGUGGAGGAGGAACAGCGUCAGGAAAUAGAACUCCUUCAGCAACGUCUGAAGGCUUUGCCUCUCGAUUUGGUGAAGCGAUGCAACUACCUCCUGCGUCCCUUGAUCGACAGUGCUACUCUAACACUUUUUGGACUCAUUCAGGCAGGCGAAAUUUGGUCAUUGCUGCAGUGUCCCUAA